AUGGCUGCGAUUUACCAGGCAGUGUAUAGAAGAGCCUCCUCUCUCUUCUGCAGGUCACACUCUACCUAUGUUAGAAAAAUGAGAUACUUAAAUGAGCUAAAGGAAGAAGAUAACCUUUGUAGACAAGCCCAGACCUCAGGAACCUUCUAUCUCUUUCACAAUCUCUCCCCCUUCCUGCAGAAAGUUGGGAAGAAAUAUUUGGUACCACAGCUCGGUGCAGCAGAGAUGAAAAGGACCCUGGAGAAAUUCAAAGAGACUGAGCAGUGGAUAGAGAAGUCGGUGCUGAUCGGUUGUUCAGACGAGCACGUACCACGCUUUGCCCUGGAUUUAGGGCCCUUGGAGAAAUCGGUCAUUGAGUCGGAACUUGAGGGAUCAUUUACGGACUUACGAAAAGCUCUCUUCGUAGUGGAUGAGAAGGAUUCUCCUUUGCUGGCUUCGGCCCAGUCCCUUCUCCGGUGGCACGAUUCCCACCAGUACUGUAGCAAAACUGGGCAGCCCACUCAGAAGAACGUAGCGGGCAGCAAGCGUGUCUGCCAUGCCAGCGGAAUAACUUACUACCCACAGAUGUCUCCAGUGGUGAUCACCCUGGUGUCUGAUGGGACCCGGUGCCUCCUCGCACGCCAGCCCUCAUUUCCCCAGGGGAUGUUCACUGCUCUGUCAGGCUUCUGUGAUGUGGGUGAAAACGUGGAGGAGACAGUGCGGCGAGAGGUGGCAGAAGAGGUGGGCCUGGAGGUGGAGUCACUCUGGUACUCAGCUUCUCAGCACUGGCCCUUCCCCAGCAGCUGCUUAAUGAUAGCUUGUCACGUGUUGGUGAGAGCGCAGCAGGCCGAGAUCAGAAUGAACAGCCUGGAACUAGAGGAAGCCCGCUGGUUUGGUCUGGAGGAAAUUGUGGAGGGUCUGAAGCGAGAGCCCAGAUCUUCAAAGCAAGAGGAUGGUAGUUUUUUACCCUGGUUCCCUCCCAAACAAGCCAUUGCUCACCAGCUGAUUUGUGAGUGGGUUAAGUGCCAGACUUCCUGGCUGGCUUAG